GCUACAUUAGCAAACCGACAUGGCUUUAACUUCCAGGCGAUAGUGAAGCAUGUUAGCGGUGUUUUGUAGUAAACCUGACUCAAGCGUUAAAGAACAACACGGUGCCAGUGUUGUGACAACACGAACAGUUACUGACAGUUACAUGUUUACUCACUCAGUGCUGACGAGCCGGUAGCGAGUGCAGGCGGUUAGCGGCGCUGGAAGCUCACUGUUGAUCACAGAUGUCCUCCAGCCGUGCAGCGAACAUGUCGACAAGUUAUCCCACACCUGUUUACCGACACGCCGGACGAGGAGACUUUCGGGACGUUGACGAGCCGGCGGAAGUCCUGUCGAUUGACGCCCUGGAGAAAGACGCCGAGCGGCUGCAGCUGAUGAGCCCUUGUGUGUGUCUGGAGGUGGGCAGCGGCUCAGGAGUGGUGUCUGCAUUCCUGGCAUCGGUGGUCGGCCCUUCAGCUUUGUAUCUUUGCACUGAUGUGAAUCCUGCAGCAGCGCAGUGCACAGCAGAGACGGCCUCCUGCAACAGCAUUUCACUGCAGCCUGUCAUCACAUCCCUGGUGGAGUGUCUUCUGCCCCGCCUUCAUGGUAAAGUGGACGUCCUGCUUCGACGUGUGCUUCUCUUCCAGGUUGGCGGCACGGGUAUCGAGGCCGCCUGGGCUGGAGGGAGGCGAGGAAGAGAGGUGACCGACAGAUUUCUGCCCCUGGUGGCCCAGUUGCUCUCCGGUAAAGGGUUAUUUUACCUCAUCACCAUUGCUGAGAAUGAUCCCGAAGAGAUCGUCCGUUUGCUGGGCCAGUGUGGCUUGAGGGGAGAGUCCUGCUUGUCUACAAGAGCUGGAAAUGAGAGGCUGUCUGUCCUGCGCUUCCACAGGAGCCAACAAACACAGAACUGUCACAAAUAAAUGCUCUGACACUUUGAACUGAUCAUCAGCGACUGGAAGCAUGUUCAGGCUAUCACUGGGCACAGUGGCUGGGUGAAAAGGACUGAGGUGCCUGUAAUGUACUGGUGUAUUUGAAGCAUCUCUAAAACAAUAACAAUCAAAAAAAAUGCUGCACAAUUUGACUCUCUGCAUUUACCCAGGCUGGUUUAAUCAUGAAAUACCACUUUCAGCUAUACAGAUGUUGACAAAAAUUCACAAUUAUACUAACACUGUCCAUCUGGACAGCAUUGCAAGUUGGACCAUUUUCCAAUUUAGAGGUUAAUUCCAGUGCAACUAACAUUUCUCAAAAUAUACCAGUGGAAUGUUUUGUUUCAAGUAUGAUGUCUGAAAUGCUGCUAUCUCUUCUAUACAUUUUAACACGCUCUAACCAUCCAUCUACCAAACUCAGCCUGACAUGAAAUGAGAAAAAAGGACAGUUUGGGGUAGUGGAAAAGUAAAAAUGAGCAUCUUGACCUCAGCUGAUGCUUUGAAACUCUUUUUGUUAGUGUCUCCUCUGCGUUAUAAAACCAGUUUGAAGUAAACUGUUGUCAGCGCUGGUUAAUGGCUGAGCUGGAUGCGUGCUCUUUAACUCUGAGAAUUCGACUUCCAGGCGAUGCGUCCGUCCUGUCCGAGCCUGACCGCGCCACUGGCCACCAGCUCCAGAGCGGCAGGGAAGGCUCGGUGCUCGGCCUCUCUGAUUCUGUCAGACAGGCUCUCCUCCGUGUCGCCGCCCAGCACGGGUACCGCCUCCUGCGCGAUGAUGGCUCCAGCAUCCACCUCUUCCUAAACACGGAACAAAACAACGGCGACUCGUUCAGUUCACGAAAACGCUGACAGUAUUUCCACAGUCUGUCACACUUACUGCUACAAAGUGGACCGUGCAGCCAGCAACCCGCACCCCAGCCUGGAGAGCCUGCUUCUGGGCAUUCACGCCCUUGAAUGAGGGCAGCAGGGACGGGUGGAUGUUCAGCAGCUUUCCUGAGACAAUAACAGACAAACGCUGAAUGAAAAAGACCUUCCUGUGACCCACAAGAGCUUCAUGCUUAUUCAUGUAAGAAACUUAGACCAAACUGUUUUCACACCGUUCCAUUUCUUGACAAAAGUCCCCGUGAGGAUCCUCAUGAAUCCAGCCAGGCACACCAGCUCCACCCCAAAUUCCUCCAGCACGCGAUCAAUGGUGCCGUCGAACUCGGCUCGGCUCCCGUACAGUUUGUGGUCCACCACCUGGAGACCGGACACACAAACUACUGCUGCUACAA